GAAAUGAAAAACGACCAAUCACUCCAACCCAUCUUGUCUGCUGAGUUCCAACUUUAUUUCAUUUAUUCUCUCUCUACAAAAAUUAAAUUCUUCAGUUCCAACUCAAUCACAACCACAGCCAUUACAGCCUACACAACUUGGCUUUGCAGAGACUGAGGGGUAGUAUUGGAAAUGGACUCGCCGACGUCAACCGGGGCAUCGUCGGCUCGGAUCGUGCCGGCACGAUCAUCCAUGAUUGAGUCGAUCCGUGGGUGCGGGUUGUCAGGGGUCCGUAUAGAUAAAGAGAGCUUGAAGAGGAAGCUGCUUAUUCCGCAUUAUCUACGCCACGCUAUUCGGGAGUCCAUCAUGUCCAAGGACCCCGCCGGCGUAGUUGAGCGUUACUUAAAUAACGGUGAACUUAAAGCCCGUGAGGAGGCUCCUGAGGGCCCUAUGGUCGUUUUCAUCAAUUCUAGGAGUGGCGGCCGUCACGGACCUGAACUCAAGCAACGGCUUCAGCAGUUAAUGGGUGAAGAACAGGUUUUUGAUCUCUCAGCUGUGAAGCCUCAUGAAUUUGUUGAAUAUGGGUUAGUCUGCCUAGAGAAGUUGGCUGCCCUUGGUGAUAUUUGUGCCAGAGAUACUAGGGAAAGAAUGAGAAUAAUGGUUGCAGGAGGUGAUGGUACAGUUGGUUGGGUACUGGGGUGUCUUUCAGAACUCAACAGACAGGGGAGGGAGCCAGUUCCUCCUGUAGGAAUCAUUCCUCUGGGUACAGGCAAUGAUCUGGCUAGGAGUUUUGGUUGGGGAGGCUCAUUUCCUUUUGCUUGGAAAUCAGCUGUCAAAAGAUCUCUUCAGAAGGCUAUUACUGGUCCAGUUUGCCGUCUAGAUAGUUGGCAUCUUCUAGUGUCGAUGCCAAGUGGAGAAGUUGUGGAUACACCCCAUUCUCUGAAGCAUACAGAAGAAUGUUCUCUGGAUCAGGGUUUGGAAGUUGAGGGGAUGUUGCCUGAGAAAGCAAAUUGCUAUGAAGGAGUCUUUUAUAAUUACUUUAGUUUAGGAAUGGAUGCUCAAAUAGCUUAUGGCUUCCACCAUUUACGUAAUGAAAAACCUUAUCUUGCCCAGGGCCCUAUAUCAAAUAAGUUAAUCUACUCUGGUUACAGUUGCAGUCAGGGUUGGUUCCUUACACCAUGCAUAAGUGACCCAAGUUUGAGGGGCCUCAAAAAUAUCCUGAGGAUGCAUGUUAAAAAAGUUAAUUGCUCAGAAUGGGAGCAGAUUCCAAUUCCUAAAAGUGUAAGGGCAAUAGUUGCUUUAAACCUUCAUAAUUAUGGAAGUGGAAGAAAUCCAUGGGGCAAACCGAGACCUGAGUAUUUGGAAAAGAGGGGUUUUGUUGAGGCCCAUGUUGACGAUGGUCUCCUAGAAAUUUUUGGGUUGAAGCAAGGAUGGCAUGCGUCUUUUGUUAUGGUUGAACUCAUCUCCGCCAAACACAUAGCCCAGGCAGCAGCAAUUCGAUUGGAAAUAAGGGGUGGGGAAUGGAAAGAUGCAUUCAUGCAGAUGGAUGGCGAACCCUGGAAACAGCGGAUAAGCAGGGAAUACUCAUCAUUUGUGGAAAUUAAGAGGGUUCCUAAUCAUUCUCUUAUGAUCAACGGAGAGUAAUUUUCCUAGGAUAUCCUUGAUCCAUGUUCGUGAUUACUACAUUUAUUUCUCUAGCAACUGAGUCGGUGUAAAGUAUGGUUUUCUCCCCAGAGGCGCUUGUAAAUUGCAUUCAUCUCUCAACCAGGUUAGUAGCUGCUGGCCAUUUGUUGUACCAAAUUCAUACAAUAGGCUAUUCAUGUUGAUUUCCCUUUUUAUUUUUUUUAUUAGCUGCGAACAAUUAUAUUUGGUUUACCUUUUCACAAGAUAAAAUUGGUCUUCUUGAAUUUAUAUUUGUAGCAGUUAAUCCAUUUACAGUUUAUAUUUUGACUA